GGUUGGUGUCUAAGGUUACAGUUCUACUUACUGGAAAGUGUAUUAUUCAACAUGUUUUAUAUUUACCUGUUUGUUUAUCAGCUUCUUGUAGUGGCUGAAUUCAGAGAAGGAUCCUGUCUUAUUUGUGGAUGGGUGCACUACUGAAACAUCAAACCUGACAAGAGAAUAUCGGUUUUUAUAAUGGAAGAAGAAAGCGUUUACAACUCGUUUCCAGAAUUAAAAGAGUUUGAAAACAAAAUUGGGAGGAAAACGCCAAAUGUAAUUUUGAGAUGGAUGAAGGAUGCUGCGCAUCUCGGAGAGGAGAGUUCGGAAUGCCUUCAAAUAAGAGAAAACGGGACUAGGGGAGAAUGUUUAAAUGACAAGAUCAAUCAUUUGAAAUACGAGAUGGAGUGUCUGCGGGCUGCAGACAUGCAAAUCCUGCGCCAGCUGGUGGUGGUGCAUGAGGGCAUGGAGGCUGUGCGCUGGCUGCUGGAGGAGCAGGGUACCCUGGCCAGCAGCAGCCCAACAGGCAGCCAGUGCAGCCUUGCAGAUUCAGCUCCAGGCAUGUCCCCUGGGGAGGGCCCAAGCCCGACCCUGACGGGCAUCCAGGAUCCAACCAAGCCCAGCAAAGAACCAGAGCAAGAAGCUGACAGGGUCUGCUCCAGCCACAGCUACUUCAACAUGACUACUGACAAGUCCCCCGACAAGAGACCUCCCUCAGACUUGGCUCUCUGCUUCUCUACAGGGGGUUCUGGUCAAAUAUGGUCCAGCACCAGCCCCGGUACCACCACCACCACCACCACCACCCACCCAGUCAAUACCAAACAGCUGUGCCAGCAGGAUCCACUACAAGAGGCCCCACAGGGGGCAGGAUUAGAACGUAAGAGAACGGUCUUCUCUAGGGACACAGGAAGAGGCGUGACAGGAGGGGGCCAGGUCCAGACAGGAGAAACUGGGACGUCUCCCUGCAGCCUCCCUGAGGAGACUCUGAGGACUUCUGCGAGCAGCACGGAGGAGGAGGAACAGAGUGUGCCUGCUUGUGAGAUGCUUUUGGGCUACGAUGCCCAGUGGUGCUGGGUGGAGUCCCAAGAUGAUGUGACAUUUCUCUGAAUAACGGUUACUAUACAGUACCUCUUGUCAAAUACCACAUCCUACAAGAGGAUACUGUGUGAUGCCGUUGGAAAUUACUUACCUUCCAAACAGGAAUGUUGAGAGUGUGAGUGUUGGAGAAGAGUGAAUGCUGGACUUGGUCCUGUUUUGUUGGCAGG